GCUAGGCUCGGCUAGGCUGGCCGGAGAGAGCCAUUAAGGCUUUCCGAGUGGCGAGAGGGCAGCGGGCGACGCGGGCCUCUCUUCGGGGCGCUGAGUUGGCUGCCUUGCUUUCUUUGAAUGGGCAUGCGUUGAAGUGACUGCAAAAAAGGAAGCAGGCUUUCUUUUUCUUUUUUACUUGAAAGCAGAAAUGAUUUUAAUUGUUGUGGAUGUUUCCAGCAGGGACAAUUCUCCUGCGAUUGGGGCCAGGCCGGGAGUGCUUUGAGUACUUGCACGCGAGGAGGAACAGUGGCUGGUUGUUCUGAAAGCUCUGCCAGGCAGAGAGGAUUUCCAGCGGCGGGCUGGCCACAAGGGUGACUUGCGGCACCGAUCGGUUUCUUUGGGCAUUAACUUUUGUGCGCUGCAGCCCACUUUGCCAAAUGCAUAUUUUUCACAAUUGGAAGAUAUAUGUAAAGGGGGGAGGGAAAGAGAAAUUUAAACAGCGGAGCAAAAUGGCCAUGAAAUAUUGAAAGGCCUCUUCUAUUUAAAGCUCUAAUACUCAGGGAGGAUGGCGAGGUCAGGCCGGGGGAGAGGGCGAACUGCCUUCACAUUCGAUGUUGGAGCCAUUGGCUUUGCUAGAGGGGAAGCACUACCUGAAGCAGCAUUCAAGCCUUCUGCCCUGUAUCCUCCUACAGAUUUCAAACCAGUACCACUAAAAGCUGGAGAAGAUGAAGAUUAUCUUGUGGCCUUAAAACAAGAAUUUAGGACCACAGUGAGAAAUACACCCUAUUUUGUAUGCAUAAAAAAUGAAGAUCAAGGAGUUGAAAGAUACAGCAAAAAAUAUUUGCGGAUAAAUCAAGCCGACUUAGAAUGGACCCCAGAUUGGAGACAACUCCCAAGAGAGAUGAAACCAAAGAAAAAAAUUACAAAAGGUGGAAAACUGAAAACAAAACCUGCUGUAUCCAAGGCUAAUGUGGAUGUACUCAAAAAGUUAGAGGAGUUGGAAAAGAAAAGUGAUGGAGAAAAAUCAGAUGAAGAGGAAAAGGAGAAGGAAAGGGGGGAAGAAGAGGAAGAAGCAGAAGAGCCAGAUGAAUAUGAUGAAGAGGAGCAUGAAGAGGAGAAUGACUACAUUUCUUCAUAUUUUGAAGAUGGAGAUGACUACGGAGCUGGCAGUGAUGACAACAUGGAUGAAGCCACUUACUAAUUCUACUUUAAUUAUUGCAUAUACUUCCACUGCAAAAAGUUAUGACAGGAAGUGUAACCUUGGAAGACGGGGUUAUCUCUUUGGUCAGGUUAUCUUGUUGCAAUAUGUGAAUGUAAUAGCCCAAUAUUCCUAGCUCCCUUUGUGAGCAGUUAAGUUUUAUGGCAUAGAAAAGUGCACUGGCAGAGCAAUGGAGGUAGUCAGAUUGGCAUUACUCACAGUAAUAUGAAUUAUUUUAUGGAAAUGUUAUGUUAUUUAGCACUGAUCUGCCCUGUGCAGAAUUCAGUUUUAUUUUAGGCAUUGGUGAUGAA